UGUUUUGGAUCGGACUUCCCAAUUCUCUCCCCUCAUCGCCAGGUGUGGUUAGGCCCACCCUUCAUUUUCCAGAGGACAUGGAAUCCUUGGGGAGCCUCUGGACCCCAGAAAAGUCCGCGGUGCAGCGUGCCUAGUCCUCGGCUUCCCCACAAUCCUUGGCAGUGGUUAACAGAACCGUCUGUGACGCCGGCUUGAACUCUGUCGAAAUCCUAUCUCCUGCUUUUGGGACCCCCAGCCAAGGUGGGAAGGAGGCCAGGAAGCAGCUGCCUGUGGUGAUUCUCUUGGGCUGGGGUGGCUGCAGGGACAAGAAUCUGGCCAAGUAUAGUGCCAUCUACCACAAAAGGGUGCCAGGGCAGGGUGCACCAGACUUGGUUUCCUAGGACGUCUUCCCUUUCUGACCAGGGUUGCAUUGUGAUCCGAUACACGGCCCCCUGGCACAUGGUCUUCUUCUCUGAGUCCUUGGGCAUCCCCUCACUUCGUGCAAUGGCCCAGAAGCUGCUCGAGCUCCUCUUUGACUACGAGAUUGAGAGGGAACCGCUGCUCUUCCAUGUCUUCAGCAACGCUGGCGUCAUGCUCUACCGCUACGUGCUGGAGCUCCUACAGACCCAUCGGCGCUUCAGCCACCUGCAUGUGGUGGGCACCAUCUUUGACAGUGGUCCUGGUGACAGCAACCUAGUAGGGGCCCUGAGGGCCCUGGCAACCAUCCUGGAGCGCUGGCCUGCUGUGCUGCGCCUGUUGCUCCUGGUGGCUUUUGCCGUGGUGAUAGUCCUGUUCCACUUCCUGCUUGCUCCGUUCACGGCCCUCUUCCACACCCACUUCUAUGACCGGCUGCAGGACUCGGGCUCCCACUGGCCUGAGCUCUACCUCUACUCCAAAGCUGAUGCAGUGGUCUCAGCCAGAGACGUAGAACGCAUGGUAGCAGCACGCCUGGCUCAACAGGUCCUGGUGCGCUCGGUAGACUUUGUGUCAUCCGCACAUGUCAGUCACCUCCGUGACUAUCCUACUUACUAUACAAGUCUGUGUGUCGACUUCAUGCAAAACUGUGUCCAGUGCUGAGGUUCUGCUCCAGAAAUAAAUGUCGGGCACCUCCCUUCAA